AUGUGUUCUGCUCUCGUGACUGAUAAUUUUCUGGGAUCAAUAUCGCCAUGGAUUACUGCUCAUGUCAACAUCUCUUGUCGUCUGUGGACGCAUAACGAUAUGAAUGCUGUGGUUAUUCUUUGCCACUUUUGUGAGCAACAUGGACCGUCCGUUAUCAUGUGCACUCAGCCGUAUAGUCAGGGUCCGACAAAAUUAGCAUCAGCCAGCACUGGACCGGAGCAGAGGAUUUCGGAUCGGGCCUCAAUGAAGCGGACUGCAUCUCACACAGGUCUUCAUGGUACCACCGGGAGUGGUGACUCUAGCGUGGAUGUUUCUUCAAGUCGUUUUCCUUUUGGUUCAGAUUUGUCUCAGGUGAACAAGAAAACAUCACCAGCAGCUUCUCAGCAACUUCUGCCUUCGAAAACCGCCACAUGUCGGGCCUGCUCAUUUAGCACGCGGGAUGAGCCUGGCUUCGUAAGCCAGGACCAGGCUGCGAACUUGUCUUACAUAUCAACACAAUGGCCCAAAGAUCCGGAUUUGCUGAAUUUCGUGCGAACGGCGUGCCAGCGAAGUUUAUCCUGUGAGGUUUCUCCUGGUCCCGAAGGUGCUUUCUACUUCGGCGAUGAAGUUAACGGACACGUGGUCAGCUACAAUUUCCAGAUCAAGGACUCUCAAGCCCGGGGGUUUCAGAGCCGAUACUGCUUCUUGAUGCUUUCUUGGGAUCGGGUGUAUCUGUUGAAUUUGUGGCCAUUUUUGAUUUCUAACUUUUCCAAAAUGGCGUCUCGUAUAAUGCAGUCCGCGGAUCGUGUAUAUGCAUCCGAAUCGAGCUCUUCGAACAGCGCUUCAAUCGGUGCUGUUGCAUCCGGUUCAGGCACAUCCCGCCCCAUGUCCACUAUUCCAGCAGGGCGUGGUGCCACUCCUCCAGCAUUUUACACACAGCCAAUUUCAGCGGGCUUGAUUUCCGUUGGUGUCCCUGUUACUGGGGGACCCUCCGCUCGCCAAAGACGUGCAGUGGAUGCGGAUAUGCGUUCGCUUGCUGAUCUCACGAAAGAUGGUCAGAUUUUCUAUCGUAUCCAUGCAUGGUUUACUUGGCUGCUUCGCGCCGGUGCUAGACGCUGGACUGCCUUGCCUUCGUUCACGGCACCCGCUGAUGAAGAUCUUUUGAUCGAAAUAGAAGAGCGUCAGACGCGUCUAGCCUUGGGGUUUGAUUCCACUACAGAAAGCACAUCUGUACGGCCCAGCAGGUCUUCAUUUUCCACCUGCCACACAACGCCCGGCACCGCUGGACAGUCAGCCCCGCCGCCUUCAGCCAACUCGAGAAUGCCUGUGGGCAAAAGCCUGGGGAUCUCAGAUGGCUCUGUGGAGGAGGAAACUGCGCUAUCUUUGUUUGUUCUCACACGCCUCAUGCACUCUUUGGGUGCGGGUACCUUCAGUCAGGUGGUCCAACACGUGGCAGUUGGCAAUCAGUUGGUUGUGCAACCUCUAGACAACAAUUUACUUGGAUGCCUUGUUGUGAAUGCGGUGUCCAAACUGCUUCCUCGAGGUUGUCUGAAACAGAUUCUACUCAGCUCUGAGUAUUUUCCACCGUUUCGUUGCAAUUUACUAAGCCUCACAGUGGACGCCGCUCCCCCCGAUUCUGACUGGAAUCCCGGUGAUCACGUGCUAUUUCUAGCUGCAUUUCUAGGUCAGUCUGCUUCGCAGGCUGAGCUCGCUGCCCCCGAUGAAAAAUUUGUGCAUUCCUUACAAGUACGACUGUGUCCUACCAUACCGUCGGCUGUUUCGAACCUGAAAUCUAUCAUUUCAUCAUCUGCCGGUGCGACCAAUCCUUCCUUGGUGAACAUCAACGCGCCCGUCAGCACUUACGUAACGCGUGUGUUAAGCUUGUUGAGUAUACAACCGCCUUUGCCCCCAUCUACCCUGGACCUGGCCUUGUCUGCGCUGCGUCAAGAAUGGAUCAAUCGAGCGCACCUUUUGUACUCAUUCAAACGAUGUCAAGGGUCGAUUCUCAGUGGCGAGGAGACUACCAAACGCUGGGCAGGUGUACUGGCCGCUAUCCAUUGUUCUACUCCGGAGAACGCAAGCGUAGCUCGCUUUUGGCAGGGCUCAUUGAGUCAGUACUCACGCAAAAACACUUGUCAUUCCCGCCGACAUGCCUCCUCUUCGGCACACAUGUCCAGGCGAGGUUCUUGCUGUUCUAGCAAUGCAGAUUUGACGGCAGCUAUGACAGUCACUUCUCUGACAGAUUAG